CCUUCCCUUACCUUCACUUCACUGUUGUCAUACUGAGUGAGACUCAAGGCGCUCAGCUGGAAUACCUUACCACAAACCUUUCACCAUAGGAUUUACCUGACUCUCAGACAUCAAACUUCUCUCCUUUUGCUUUAAGUGUGGGAGCACCUGAGGAUGUUGUACACAGAGCUGCUGCGGUUGUGGGAUGAAGCGGUGAAGGCAGUGGAUGCCAGAGACUGGCAGGGAGCCCUGUCUAAACUGAACCAGAUCACUGAACCUACCUCCCGUACUCUAUUUCUGACUGCCUCUGCUCACCUUGCCCUGGGGCAGCUGGAGGCUGCCAUCCAGGCUUUAGACCAGACCAUAGCCAAGGAUGCACGACUUGCAGUUGGCUUUUUCCAAAGAGCUGGAACACUCAUAAUGGCUAGCAGGCUGGAGGAGGCUCUGAAUGACUGUAUCUCAGCUCAGAAACACAUGAGAGGGAACACGGUCAUUGACUACAAACAGCUGGGGCUACGCUACAAGCUCUACAGCUGGCAGGUCUUGUAUAACGCAGCAGCUGUCCACUCCAGAUUGAACCAGUUGGAUAAAGCCAGAGAUAUCCUACUCUCAGCCUCCCAGGAGAAAGGAGGAGGGAACGUGGAAGUGGCUUUAGACAGUAUCUCUAGGGGAGAGGUGCUGCCUGUCCUCCUGGUGCCAGAGGGAGAGGUGUUCCGGCCCAGGAAACAGGACGUAGAACAGCUGGAACAGAGAGACUUCCUGGGCAAACCAAAGGUCAUCUCCUCUAUGAUUCCCAAUGAUGACUUUGGUGGAUUUGAACCUCUCAGGAUCCAGAAACCUGGAUACUACGAGCCCAAGGUGGAUAGAGUGGAGGAUUCUCGCUACAUGCGUCUGCGUACCCCCUACAUGUCCAAAGCUCCUGGGCAGCUGACAGUGCCUGGGGGUGCCAUGGUGUUUCUCUUCAGUGAUGUGGACAGAGAUGGACUGGCCACAGUCAUACAUGAUGGACAGAAAGGACUUGUCCCCAUGACCCUGCUGGACCCAGUGGAUGUCAAGAAGUCCAAAGGCAGAAAAAUGAAUAAAAGUAUUCCCAGUGGGAUCCCCCUCCCACCGGGCCUCAAGCCGCCCACUCGCCCACAGAGCCAGCUCAGCCACGAAGAACGUCCGCAGGAGAGCCCAGAUAGAGAGGCAUCUCCAUCCUUCUAUGCCUCUGCCACCCACCUACCAACCACCUCCACCCCGCCACCCAGUUACCCAUCCACAGUGGACAGGCCCACUGAGCUGACUGAGGACCCCCUGGCCAACCGUACCAUUCUCUACCAGAUGGUGGCACUGUAUGACUAUGCAGCUGAGGGCCCAGAGGACUUGGAGUUCAGUGAAGGAGACACUAUUGACAUUCUCAGUGAAGUCAAUAAAGAGUGGCUGGAGGGUCACUGUGCUGGAAGCAUUGGCAUCUUCCCCAGCCUGUUUGCCUACCGGGAAGGAGAGACCCCCUCAACCAUCAAUCGGAUGACCUUGUUGCAAUCAAACAAAUCACAAGAGCAUUUAUAAGGAAUAGGCUCAACUCUUGCUCACAGCUAACAACUUCACACUUUAUUUAUCUAAUUUGAGUUAAAAUGAUGAUGGCCUUCAUCAGAAUCAGUACUGAGACUGGAGCAUGUCAUGUAUUGGUGUGUUUCUGUGGUUCUCUGAUGGAGGACUACAUAUUGGGUUUGCUGCAUGCCUGUCCAAGCCAUUGACAUUUUCCAUCAACUCAGAGGGAAUAGAGUGGGCGUGCUGGGUAGCAUUUGACCAACAGGUCAAACUUAAAGUGGUUAAACUUUUCUACUUACUGUCAACUGCUGUGAAUGGAUGUGGACCACUGUUAUGCUGUUAUAUGGUUGUUAGUUCCUCUAUGAUAAUGUGAACCUGUUAAACUAAAGAAAAUCUGGUGGUAAGAAUGUUGUUGUUCCCUUUUGUUGAAGAAAACCCUAUAGGCCUAUCAAUGAGUCUUUUUUUGUAAAAUUAUUAUUCAUGAAAUAGGACAUUCAAUGUAAUAAUACCGUUCCCUAAUUCCAUUAAAACUACUUUACUGAAAUGCCCACAUUAAACAAACGUAAUAACA